AUGGCGUCGGCGUUGUUCUUCCUCGACCUCAAGGGCAAGACCCUUCUGGCGCGCAAUUACAGGGGAGACAUUCCCAUGUCCGCCGUCGAAAAGUUUCCUGUGCUGCUCAGUGAGGCCGAAGAAGAGAGCUCAGCUGUACCGCCAUGCUUCUCCGACGAAGGCAUCAACUACCUCUACAUCCGCCACAACAACCUGUACCUCCUCGCCCUCACAAAACGAAAUUCGAAUGCGGCCGAGAUUCUUCUAUUCUUGCAUAAGAUCGUCGAGGUCUUCACAGAAUACUUCAAGGAAUUGGAGGAGGAGAGUAUACGAGACAACUUUGUAGUCAUCUACGAGCUGCUGGACGAGAUGAUGGACUUUGGAUACCCACAAACAACCGAGACCAAGAUAUUACAAGAAUACAUCACACAAGAGUCGCAUAAGCUCGAAGUGGCACGGCCACCAAUUGCAGUCACCAACGCCGUCAGCUGGCGAAGCGAAGGCAUCCGGUACCGCAAGAACGAAGUAUUCCUCGACGUCAUCGAGUCGCUCAACCUCCUCGUAUCCGCCACAGGCAGUGUGCUUCGAUCGGAGAUUCUGGGCGCUGUCAAGAUGAAGUGCUAUCUGUCCGGUAUGCCUGAGCUCAGACUGGGCUUGAACGACAAGGUCAUGUUUGAAACAACGGGCCGAGCGACGCGAGGAAAGGCUGUAGAGAUGGAGGAUGUCAAGUUCCACCAGUGCGUGCGGCUCUCGAGAUUUGAGAACGACCGGACAAUCAGCUUCAUCCCACCAGACGGCGAGUUUGAACUGAUGAGCUACCGACUCAACACUCAAGUCAAGCCUUUGAUCUGGGUCGAGUGUAUCGUAGAAAGCCACUCUGGCAGCCGCAUAGAGUACAUGUUGAAGGCCCGAGCGCAGUUUAAGCGACGAAGCACAGCCAACAAUGUGCAGAUUUCGAUACCUGUACCUGAAGACGCCGAUAGUCCACGGUUCCGAACGAACAUUGGGACCGUGCACUACGCGCCCGAGACGUCUUCGAUAGUCUGGAAGAUCAAGCAGUUUGGCGGCGGCAAGGAGUUUCUCAUGCGUGCCGAGCUCGGCCUACCUUCUGUGCGCGGAGACGACGACAAGGGUGGGGGUAUGAUGGGUGGCUUUGGUGGCAGCAUGGGCGGUGUGGGGGCUGGAAAGGCCAAGCGACCGAUUAAUGUCAAGUUUGAGAUACCCUACUUCACCACAUCUGGUAUCCAAGUGCGAUACCUCAAGAUCAUCGAGCCAAAGCUACAAUACCCUUCGCUUCCAUGGGUGCGGUACAUUACGCAAUCUGGCGACAUUGCCGUACGAUUACCAGACGUGAAUUAG